CACUCGGAUCAGCUGAUCCCAACUGACAACAGGAGAGGAGGAAAGCCGGGAGGCAGAGAAGGAGGAGGGGGGGCGGAGAUGGAGAUGAGGAUGGAUCCACCGGUGUCCUGAGAAACAGCCCCCGCCCCCGCAGGCGCCCUGCGGUUCCCCGACACCGCCUCACCGCGGCCGAGCUGCACCGUGGUAUCCCCUGAAAUAUUGACUUGAGGUUGGAUUAUAUUGCAGAGCUCCUGACCACUCUCUUUCACUACCAAACCCUUGUGGCUGAGGCCCAACUCAUGAGCCCACCUCAGUGAACCUAUCGGAUCUCUCUCAGAUAGCCCUAAGAGACCCUUCCAAGUAACUUUGACCACAACUUUGCUUGCACUUUAUGGAGGAUAAAACCAUCAAACCAAAUCAACUUUGCUGCUGACACAAGAAUCUUAGAGGCAGAAAAUUAAAAAUUCCGACAUUUGUGAGUGUGUGAAGAAUUCUGAUAGGACACCAAAGGUUUGUUUUUGUUUUUGUCUUUUUUAAGGUGUUCAGGAAUCCAUUGAAAGUUCUCUGCAGUCCUCAGACUCAAAAAGCCUUUGUCUUCACUCCUGGGGAAAGCCCAGGGACUGGUCUAUGGUGGGUGAUUUCCUUGCCAAUCUGAGUAUGAGUGCUCAGACUUCCUCAGCAGAGAAGGGCCUGAAUCCGGGGCUGAUGUGCCAGGAAAGUUACGCCUGCAGCGGGACUGACGAAGCGGUCUUUGAGUGUGAUGAGUGCUGCAGUCUGCAGUGUCUCCGCUGCGAGGAGGAGCUCCAUCGGCAGGAGCGCCUGAGAAACCAUGAGCGGAUAAGGCUCAAACCUGGCCACGUCCCUUACUGCGACCCCUGCAAGGGCACCAAUGGGCAUUCACCGGGUAUUAGGCAGAGGGCGGCUGUGAGGUGCCAGACCUGUAAAAUCAACUUGUGCUUGGAGUGCCAGAAGAGGACUCAUUCCGGGGGUAACAAAAGGAGACACCCCGUUACUGUGUACCAUGUCUCUAGGGUCCAGGGGCUCCUGGAGGAAGAUGAGCUGGAUGAGGAGACCAGGAGGAAGAAGAUGACCGAGAAGGUCGUGAGUUUCCUCCUAGUAGAUGAAAAUGAAGAAAUUCAGGUAACGAAUGAAGAGGACUUUAUUAGGAAAUUGGACUGUAAACCUGAUCAGCAUUUGAAGGUGGUUUCCAUUUUUGGAAAUACUGGUGAUGGAAAGUCUCAUACUCUCAACCACACUUUCUUUUAUGGCCGUGAAGUCUUUAAAACUUCCCCUGCCCAGGAGUCUUGCACCGUGGGGGUGUGGGCGGCAUAUGACCCAGUCCACAAAGUAGCAGUGAUAGACACAGAAGGGCUCUUGGGGGCGACGGUGAAUCUCAGCCAGAGAACACGACUGCUGCUUAAGGUCCUGGCCAUCUCAGACCUCGUCAUCUAUCGAACUCAUGCAGACCGGCUGCAUAAUGACCUCUUCAAGUUCCUUGGGGACGCCUCAGAAGCUUAUCUGAAGCACUUCACCAAGGAGCUCAAGGCUACCACUGCCCGCUGUGGCCUGGAUGUCCCCUUGUCCACCCUGGGCCCUGCUGUUAUCAUUUUCCAUGAGACUGUGCAUACUCAGCUGCUGGGCUCUGAUCACCCCUCAGAGGUGCCUGAAAAGCUCAUCCAGGACCGGUUCCGGAAGCUGGGCCGCUUCCCUGAAGCCUUCAGUUCCAUUCACUACAAGGGAACGAGGACUUACAACCCUCCCACCGACUUUUCUGGGCUGCGGCGGGCUUUGGAGCAGCAGCUAGAGAAUAAUACCACCCGUUCUCCCCGGCACCCGGGGGUCAUCUUCAAAGCCCUGAAGGCACUGAGUGACCGCUUCAGCGGUGAGAUUCCCGAUGACCAGAUGGCGCACAGCUCCUUUUUCCCAGAUGAAUACUUCACCUGCUCCUCCUUGUGCCUCAGCUGUGGGGCUGGAUGUAAGAACAGCAUGAAUCAUGGGAAAGAAGGAGUUCCUCAUGAAGCCAAGAGCCGCUGCAGAUACUCCCACCAGUAUGACAACCGAGUUUAUACCUGCAAGGCGUGUUAUGAGAGAGGCAAGGAGGUCAGCGUAGUGCCCAAGACAUCCGCUUCCACGGACUCCCCCUGGAUGGGUCUCGCAAAAUAUGCCUGGUCUGGGUAUGUGAUCGAAUGUCCCAACUGCGGCGUGGUCUACCGUAGCCGGCAGUACUGGUUCGGGAACCAGGAUCCUGUGGAUACGGUGGUCCGGACAGAGAUUGUGCACGUGUGGCCUGGAACUGAUGGAUUUCUGAAGGACAACAAUAAUGCUGCCCAGCGCCUCUUGGACGGGAUGAACUUCAUGGCUCAGUCAGUGUCUGAGCUUAGCCUUGGGCCCACCAAGGCUGUGACUUCCUGGCUGACAGACCAGAUUGCUCCUGCGUACUGGAGGCCCAACUCCCAGAUCCUGAGCUGCAACAAGUGCGCUACAUCCUUUAAAGAUAACGACACCAAGCAUCACUGCCGGGCCUGCGGGGAGGGCUUCUGUGACAGCUGUUCGUCCAAGACCCGGCCUGUGCCAGAGCGGGGCUGGGGCCCUGCGCCUGUGCGGGUGUGUGACAACUGCUAUGAAGCCAGGAAUGUCCAGUUAGACGUGACUGAGGCACAGGCUGACGAUGAAGGCGGGACACUGAUUGCACGGAAGGUGGGCGAGGCCGUGCAGAGCACUUUGGGAGCCGUGGUGACAGCCAUUGACAUACCACUAGGGCUGGUGAAGGACGCGGCCAGGCCGGCGUACUGGGUGCCUGACCACGAGAUCCUGCACUGCCACAGCUGCCGGAAGGAGUUCAGCAUCAAGCUUUCCAAGCACCACUGCCGGGCCUGCGGACAGGGCUUCUGUGACGAGUGCUCCCACGACCGCCGGGCUGUCCCCUCGCGAGGCUGGGACCAUCCUGUCCGAGUCUGCUUUAACUGCAAUAAAAAGCCCGGUGACCUUUAACCCCAGCUCCCUCUCCGCGUCCUUCACAAUUCCUUAGGUUCUCAGGGUUAGAAACAGAAGUCUCAUUGAGGUCGGCCCUCCUCCUGGGCACCUGUCACGGUGUGUGUCCUCUACUCCCGGGG